AUGUGUACUGAGUGGAGCGCAAACCCAAACGAUCGGGGUCAGUAUGGUGAAAUUUGUUCGCCACGAGUAAAGAAAAAAGAUGGUCAGCGACAAGCCUCAGACAGCGGCGUAACCGCGCGAUUUGUGCCAAGCCGAGAACGGAUUCUCAUACGCCGCGAUCGAGGAAGGUUCGCCUGGAAAUCCAGAUUCCCCGACGACGUACUGCGCUGCACACGAAAUUGCUGCAUCAUCGGCUGUGCCGACGAGAGUUCUUAA